AUGCCUGACUACACAGAUUCACAUUGUUCAAAGAAUAAGGAUCAACAUUCUGGUGACGUUAAUACGCCUACUCGCCGUUCCUCGAGCCAUUCUACCACUCCUGUCUCCUUGACAAAAUCUCGCUUUUAUCGUGGUUGGCGUUACUUCCGCCUAAUAGCCAUUGGGCCCAAUUCACAUGGAACUGGCGAGUUCGCUCUUGGUGGUGUUGAUUUCUACGGCCAAGUGAUUUCUACACACAAGACGGUUUGUAAUCUUAUUUUUGCUCUUUUUAUUCUAUAUUUUUUCAGAUUAUUUUUCUUGCAGAUACGAAGAGAAACUGGAUUCCGAUAA